CGCCCGGCCGGCGCGCUCCGUCGGCGCUGGGGCCCGCCCGCGGGGCCGGCCGCCUGUCAGAGGGAGGUGGCGAUGCUGCGCCCGGUGGCGGCGGCGGCUCGGCGGGUGCGACUGCAGCGAGGGGGACAGGACGGAGCGAGCGGCCGGCUGAAUGAAUGAAUGGCGGAGCCGAGCGCGCCAUGAGGAGCCUGCCGAGCCUGGGCGGCCUCGCCCUGCUGUGCUGCUGCUGCGCCGCCGCCGCCGCCGCCGCCGUCGCCGCCGCGGGGAAUGUCACCGGGGCCGCGGGGCAGGUGGACGCGACGCCGGGCCCGGCAGCGAGGAGCGAGCCCAGCGCCCCUUUCUCUGAAGCCACAGCGCCCCCCGGCCUGGGCCCGAGCAGCGCUGCCCCGCGCGACCCCGUGCAGCGACUCCCGGCCGCGUCCUCUUCGCCGCCGUCCCCGGAGACCAGCCCUGCUCGCCCCCCAGCCCGACCCGCGCCCACCACCUUGCAGACGGCGCCCGGCCUCUCGCCCACCACCGCUCGGGGCGAGGAACGCACCCCGAGCACCCCUCGGGCCACCCCCAGAACCGCGCGGACCAGUCCCUCGACGACCACCGGCCCGGCGCCCACUACCCCCGCGGUGACCACCGGCCCGGCGCCCACCAGCCUCGCGGCGCCCACUGUCCCGGCGCCCACCACCCCGCUGACCCCGAGCCCCGCUCUCCCCAGCAGCAGCGGCGGCAACAGCAGCAACAGCAGCAGCAGCGGCGGCAGCGGCGGCAGCAACAGCAGCAGCAGCGUCCCGCCCACCGGCCCUGCCACCGAGCCCCCCUCGCCUGCGCCCCCAGAAUAUAAAUGUAACUGCUCUGCGGUUGGAAGCGUGGAUGAGAAUCGCUGCAACCAGACCACAGGGCAAUGUGAAUGUCAGCCAGGUUACUGGGGUCUUAGCUGUGACCUGUGCACGGAGGGCUUUUACCAGAAUCACACCUCUGGGCUUUGUCUGCCCUGUCACUGUAGUCCACUGGGCGCCCUCAGCCUGCGCUGUAACAGUUCUGGGAAAUGCCAGUGCAAAAUGGGUGUCAUGGGUUCUACUUGUGAUCAAUGCCAAGAUGGAUAUUAUGGCUUCAAUAAGAGUGGUUGCCAGCCCUGUCAAUGCAAUAAUCGAUCCGCCAGUUGUGAUACCCUCACAGGUACUUGUUUAAACUGCCAGGAAAAUAGCAAAGGGGAUCACUGUGAAGAAUGCAAAGAUGGAUUUUACCAGAAUCCCGGUGCCACUCAAGAAUGUCUUCGCUGCCCUUGUUCAGCGGUGACGUCCACGGGCAUUUGCGUCAUCAAAUCGGGUGAAUUGGAACCUACAUGUGUCCAGUGUAACGAAGGUUACACAGGCCAGAACUGCAAUAAAUGUGAAAAUGGCUUUUACAAUUCUGACAGCAUCUGCACACGGUGCCAGUGUCAUGGCCAUGUGGACCCAGUGAAAACUCCUAAGAUUUGCAAGCCUGAGAGUGGUGAAUGCAUCAACUGUCUCCAUAACACCACUGGGUUUUGGUGUGAGAACUGCCUAGAAGGUUACGUUCGAGACCUCGAGGGAAAUUGCACCAAGAAAGAAGUUAUUGUUCCAACACCUGAAGGUUCUACCAUUUUGGUUUCCAAUGCUUCUUUGACCACAUCCGUGCCCACCCCUGUUAUAAAUAGUACAUUUACCCUCACCACCCUGCAGACUAUCUAUUCAGUAAGCUCUUCUGAGAACAGCACAUCAGCUUUGGCUGAUGUAUCAUGGACCCAGUUUAACAUCAUCAUUCUGACAGUCAUCAUCAUUGUGGUGGUGCUGCUGAUGGGAUUUGUGGGGGCCGUGUAUAUGUACCGGGAAUACCAAAACCGGAAACUGAAUGCCCCCUUUUGGACCAUCGAGCUAAAAGAAGACAAUAUCAGUUUCAGCAGCUACCAUGAUAGCAUUCCCAAUGCAGAUGUGUCGGGAUUGUUGGAAGAUGAUGGCAAUGAAGUGGCUCCCAAUGGGCAACUAACCCUGACGACACCCAUACAUAACUACAAAGCCUAAAGGGCUAGAACUUUUCUCCUGGAUUGUUAGAUCUGAGUCUCACUAAGACAGCGUUGGCACUUGGGUCGAGUUUGCUGAGUGAGCAAAGGCAUGUAUAGUGCAUCUGCAACUUUCGGGUACAAAUUUGUAAUGCACUUAGCCUUAUUACUCUAGUUGUCCCCUGAAGACUCGGAGCAUUCACUGUCAACAAGGACUUAAACUAAAGUAUAUUUUUGUAUCAAACCACAUGGGAUGUGCUAGAAAGGCUGAAUCCCCCAGUGCAGUCCAAACCCACUUUGACCUCCAGAUAGAUUCCCGGGGAAGUGUUCCUCAAACCAGCGAUUAACAGGAUCAUGGAUGUGGAUGGGAAAAAAGACUUCCAGAAGACAUCAUCUCCAUUCCUGAAACUAUUUCUAAAAGGAGAUUCAGGAAUGAUACUCAUUCAUUGUACGAAAGAAAUAUCACGAAGGAAAAGAUGUCUGGUCUGUAUGACAAUAAACAAUCCUUAUUUAUCCCAAGACAGGGACAGAAAGUUCCACGAUUUUCAGAAGGGCUUGAUUUCUCCUUCCAGAAUUUCUGCUCAAUUAUAGGAUUAAAACACAGGAUAAGCAUCUAAUAGUCGAGAAAGGAAAGCAACAUCGGGAACAGGAAGCUGAUGGACCUCCCUAAGUCUCUGUGUAAAUGAUAAAUUGUCAACAGUGGGGACCAUUAUUCCUGCCUCGAGAUAAACAAGGUGUAUAUAAUUAAUGUAGCAUAUCUGGUCAAUAUUGUAUUUGUAUCUAUUUGUAAAAAAAAUCAUGUCAUAUUUUAUCAUCUAGAAUGUAUUUGUACAGCAGUUAAUAGCGUUGUAAAAAAUAUACAGGAGUUGGUUUUAAAAUACUGUAAAAUAGAUGGCAAUAUUGCUAGAGCUGGGACUCUGGUAAGCAAUGGUCAUUUUUAGUCCCUGUCUGGACAUAGUUGAAAUUUAUAAGAGGUUGAAUGUUUCUAAUUGUUCUUUCCCUUUCUCAACAGUAAAGUUAUAUGUUCUUUGACUUCC